UUAAGAUAUUUAAAUGGAGUCUCUAGAUACAAGGGAGUUAACACAUGAAGGUUUGGAUACAGAAGAUCCAAGGAACCUAAAGCUGGCACGGAAGAGAAAGAGAGAAGAGCAAAUUCAAAAAGAAUCAGAAGAGGUUGACAGUCAAAUCUGUGUUUGCCUUCAUUUAAACAUUUUGAAGCACAGCCAAAGAGUUCGACCAAAUUGGGAUCUUUGCUUCAUUGUUAAUUGAUACAAAUAUUGAAAGAUGCUGAAACAACUCUCUCGUUUUAUGAUGCCUCUAGGAUCAAAAGCUUUGUUCUAUAAUCGAUCUUUACCGCGUUGUCGUAUCAAAGAGUUUUUAUCAAAAUCAGUUCCAGUCAGGAUUGAAGAGAUUAAUUCUAUUUGCAAUCAAUUUGAUAAAUCUCCUGCUCACUUCAAUUUGAUUCUCCGUGCCAGUAUGUGCGCAACUGCAAAGUUUACGCUUGGACUGUUUAGAAAUCUGAACAUGAAGCAACUUAAGAGGCUGUUUUCAGCCAAUAAGCAUACAAGAUCUUUCAAAAUGUUCCAUUGCACACUUUGCCUUCCUGCUUCCCCAGACUUUUCAGAUUGUUUCAGAGACACAACUCUGGCUCAGCUUGAAUUACAUUAUGUGGAGGUGGUAAACAGAGAGGAGUCAGAUGAGCAAUUACAUGAGCUGGAUGGACUGAUUUCAGGCUUAUCGAAAUCAUCAGAUCUUCAUAAAAGUAUCAAGAGAAUUGAAAUUCUUUCCCUUGAAACCUUCAAGGAGCAAAAUUAUCAAAUUCUGGAGAAGUAUGGAUUUCCUUUUGAAUAAAAAUUGC